UUUUCAAAACGUUGUUGGUGGAGGGUGCGCGUCUAGUUUUCUUGAAUUUUUAUUUUAUUUUCGUAAUAUUUUCGCAGGUGGUUUCAUUAUUUUGUGCAUCAUUUAUUUACUAUUAUUUGAAAAUUUUCUUUGGUGACCUAUUUCAAGACAUAAGUGUGACAUUUUAAUUAAUAACCAUGGACAGUAAUAAUGAGCCAGUACCUGACUUGGAAAUGGCAAUUAAAAGAAGUAUGUUAGCAAAGAACAAAUUGGCUAUGAUUGUGAAGCAGCCUGAUGGUGGUGUCAGCUACUCCUGUGUGGAGUGCACAGCACUGUUUUUGUAUAAAGAGGAACUUGAACAACAUCUACUCCUUCAUAACAGAGAGUAUAGAUACCUCUGUGGGAUAUGUGGAACAGGGUUGAAACGCAAGGAGCAUUUGGACAGGCAUACUUUAGAACAUCAGGAGGUGAGGCCUCAUAUCUGCCCUGAUUGUGGCAAGGGAUUCAAGAGGAAAGAGCACAUGACCAUCCACCUUUCUAUCCACGGUGGAGACAAGAGUGAGACCUGUCCUGUGUGCCAUAAAACAUUCUACAGAAAGGACCAUUUGAGGAAACAUUUGCAGACGCACUCAAAAGUGUUUCUAGAACAGAACAGUGAAUUAGUUGGGGAGCACGGGCUCGUCGAGAUUAAGCAGGAGAUCCUGGAUGAAUACAGCACACCUAACGAGAAUGAAGAACACUCAGAUCCAAUGCAACCAAACAAUUAUGAGGCUACCAUUAAGUCGGAAGUAAAAAACAGCAAAAUGAUACAAUCUGAUGCUAGACCUUUCAAGUGCCUGGUUUGCAGUAAGACGUACAAGAGAAAGGACCAUCUCAAGAUACACAGCUGGACGCAUUUGAGAAAAGAGAAAACGUGUAGCGAGUGCGGAAAAGCUUUCCAUUCUGACGAGCAACUCCUGGCGCAUAUGAACAUCCACCUUCAACCGUACACCGUGUACGAGGGGCCUGGAGAGUAUAUACAUGAUGAAACUAUCAACCACAAUAAUAGCGCAGACAAUAGCCUUUUGGUAGCCCGUCAGAACAUGGAGAGUCGUCCACACGAGUGCGAGAUCUGCCGCCGGCGGUUUAAAAGGAAACAGCAUCUGAAAGUACACAUGAAGGUUCAUUUAAAACAGAACGACGAUGCUAUCUGGUGCUCAUUCUGCGGGGAAGGGUUCCUUGCCCACGAGCAGUACGAGAGCCACCAGUGCCAGUACGUGUCGCAGGACGGCGACGCACACAACGAACAAAACGGACAGAGUGAGCAGGACGACCAGUCUCCCCCACCACUGUACCCCCAAGUGCAGAUGGCACUACAAGAACAUAAGAAAGAAAAUAAAUACCCCGCCGAAUAUAUGGACCUAGGAGAGUUAGCGGCGAUAGACAGCAUCCAGUACCUGAACGUGGUAGAGAAAGAGAUCCCGGUCCCGCAGCGCGUGUUCGUCUGCAAGUACUGCAGCAAACCGUUCAAGAGGAAAGACCACUACAAGAUACACUUGAACAUACACACCGGCAUCAAGUCCUUCUUCUGCACCAAGUGUGGGAAAGGGUUCUACCGCAAGGACCACCUACAGAAGCACAUGACAGUUCAUAACAAGAAUCCGAAGCCCAAGAAGGAGGUUCCCGCCCUGGUCCCCAUCCACCAGGUGCCUAAGAAGACCACGGUGUUACCUGAGAUCACUAUACAUGCACCAUCGAUCGCGAAGCUGCGAGUGCCUCUGCAAAUCAAAGUUCCGUACCAGAUGAUCGUGUCGAUGGACAACGGGGAGCAACGAGAAGUCACCGUCGACCCUCAAGCCUCCAAUUCUUCCUAAUGUAUGUACAAAAUUAACAGACUACACAGCAGUAAUAGUUAACAUAGGUAUGUUUUUAAGACUCAGCGCCUGUUUUACCAUAUUCAUUAUAAGUACACUAUACAUGCAGAUAGUUCUUACAAAUUAUGUUUUAUGUUCAAAAUUUAUCUGGCCUACCCAGAUAUUUUGACCCAGUCCUUUAUCAAAUGACGCUUAUCUGUAACAAAAGUUAAUAAAAUAUGCAUCAAUUGAUUGUAUUAUUAAGUGAGUGCAAUGAAUUUAUUAAACUGAUAUGGUCGCUAAAUGAAAGUAGAAUCAUAUCCUAUAUUGAUAUCAGUACCCUUAGUAUGAAUUUGUUUUACGUUUAAUAUAAUCGAAACGAGAGAGCAUUCGGCGCCCUAAUUGGCUGGGUCGAAUAAACUAACCAAUCAGAUUACUUUAAACGUAAAGUAAACUCGUGCUAAGGAUACAUGGCGCCCGAGUUUAGCGAAAAAGAACUUUCUGCUAACAAAUUGUCACUUUUUGUUAUAGUUGGUCCAUUACAAACGUGUGAAUACGUAAUUUUUAUCACAUCUCUCGCUCACACUUAUGCAAGUUGUACAGGAUAGUCACAUUCUUUGGACGUGACGUCCAUACGUUUGUAGUGACCCAACUAUAUAGAAAUUUACUUUUAAGUUAAAGAACUUGCUGUGUAGUCAAUCAAAUAAACUGAACGUUUAUUCAAAAGUUUCCCCGAACAUACAUUACACAAAUUUCUUCGAAGUAUUUUUUAUAUUUAGCGACUGAAAUUUACUUUUUGUGGCAUUUUAGAUAUGAAAUAUAAUAAAAAUAUUGCUAUCGGUUCUAUAUUUACGUGGUGGCAUAGAAUCGAAGUAAAUUGCGAUUUUUUAUUGACAUUAUUUUUUAGGCCCUGGCCUUUGGUUAAUUUCGAUUUUAUGAAACAAAAUAUAUAAAUUAUAUGGCAGUAUUUUCCCGCGAAUGUUUUUAUUUAUAAUCCUGUCUAAAAUGUCAUAAAUAUACAAUUGGGUAAUAAAUUGAGUUUAAAAGUUGUUGGUAUGUACUUUAUAAUUUACUUUUUAAGUGUAAGAAUCUUUGUAUCAUAAAAUUAAAUAUAUAUCAAGUUGUUUUGCUCUAUUUUCAAAAGGUAGAAAGUUUUUUUUCUAAAAAUAAGGAUAGAGCAAGCAAUUUUUAUUCGUGGAUUUGUAUGUUCUUGUAAAUAAAAUGUCUCAGACAAAAAUGGGCUAUUAGUUAAAAUAUGAAUUACAUUUAAUACAUAUUAACUGAUUAUUGUAUAUAAAACUAUAGUUCAAGUGUAUUGAUAAAGUAUUUGUUAUAAAUAUACCACAUCUCACGACUUUCUGCUAUGUACUUGAAAACAAAAUGGAAAUAUAACUCAUAAUAAGAUUUAAUUAGAAUAAACUUACUGUUUCAGACUACGAACGACGAUCAUACUACAUUAUUAUGAGCUCCUGUCGUAGCUUGAAAGUAAUCGUGCAUCCUCGAACAGUUUCGUGACUAAGAUCUAAUUAAUUUAUUACGACUUCUUCGAAAGUCUUUUUCUCUACAAUAUUUGUAUAAGCUUCAAUAUAUAAUGUUUAAUAGUUAUUAGGCAAUAAUGGGAUCUAACAAGACAGGAUCCAAUGACAAGAAUUAUAAAAAUAUAUAUUAAAAUUGGGUCUAGUUACUCUAUAUUAUCACUUUUCUAAUGUAAAAGAUCACUGGGUCCAAAUUACAUGAUCUCAAUCAUUAGUAUGCAUAUCUCAUCUACUUCUCUCUAUCUAAAUAACAUUCAAUGUUUUUUGAUAAAACUUUGCUCGGUUUUAGAAUAAGAAUUUUUAAGGUAUAGUGUGGAAGCGGGUGAUGUGAGACAGUAGCGUAAUGACACUACUGGUUUCUGUGUAUUUCUAUGAAAUUACCUCUUUAGUUAGCGACUCGACGCGUCGUUGAGCGGUAGACGCCUGUGUCGCCUGACCACGGAUCAGUACCUUUAGUACGAACUUGCUUUACGUUUAAAGUGAUAGAAACGAGAGCACGUUCGACGCACUGGUUGGUUGGUUCAUUCGAGCCGGCCAAUCAGAGCGCCGAACGCGGUUUCGUUUCGAUUACGUUCAACGUAAAGCAAACUCGUACUAAGGGUACUGUAGCUCCAUUCUUAUAGUUUAAAAUCAUGUCUGCAGUGACAGGUCAUAACGACAUGAAGCGACAACACGUGGUCCGCUGCAGCCUCAUGUCGUCCGCUUCCAACUUGUACCUUUAGGCUGGUUUUCUUUCACGCUGACUGUCAGCUGUAUAGAUUCACGCCGAUUCCUACUGUCAGUCAUGAUAUUGAUUGUAAAAAAUAUCAGUUAGAUAUUCAGCACCGACUGUAACCUUCAUUAUUACGCCUGAUUCUAAUAGUAUGUCCUAUCAUGAACGCUUAUCCAUAUUGCGAUUAAGCUCCUUUUCGGGUCUUAAAAACACACAGGAUAGAAUACUUCUCUGGAAACAGCCUAUAUAGCAAGGAAUUCCAUUACUAGAAGUUUAAAGCGAAAUGCUUCCUGCUCUUAGGCAUUCUUUUUUUUUCUUAUUUGUCGACAAUCAGCUUGACUCAAAAACCAGCCUUUUGCGUGUAUAAAGAAAGUCCAUAAUUCCUUAUAAAUAAAUAUUGUGAUUAUCUCGUAAGUAUGGAAAUGAAGAAAUAUAAUUUUAAGUGUGUCACACAUAUCGUGCCAUGGAAACCAAAUACUCAAAUGUUGAUAGUUACAAUGUUUGUCUUUUUAUUCUUUGCUAAAUAUCAGAGAAAUGCGAGUUAGACUUGUAGGUAUAUAUUUCCUGUGUAUAUAAAAAUAAUACAAAAUCUCCUUUUAUUGCUGACUGUAUAUUCUAUGAGUUAUAUUGUGACAACUGACAAGGUUUUAUAUUGGCCCUGGUGGUAGCAUCUAAUGGCCUCCUCUUUUGAACUGGGUUAAAAAGAUACCUACUUAAAUACUUUCAAUUUCAUCUUUCCUCUGAGUUUGUUUAGGCAUUUCGUCUCAGAGUAGUCGGAUAGGAAAUGCCGGCCUCAUCUAGCUAUUUGAAAUAUUGACGUGUAAAAGUGUUAUUUUAUAACCUAUUUACAGAAAUAAAUAUCAUUUAUCCAUUUUUAACCGACUUUCCACAAAAGGGGAGGUUAUUUUCUGAAUAUAAUUGUAAAUUUUGAUCUGUAUGUAUUUGUGUAAGUAAUAUUAUUGCAUGUAUUUCAAGCAUUGUAACUGACAUCGCGGUCGCAGUUAGUUGUAAGUUUAUCUUUAUGUAAAGUUCCUCUAUUUUUGUCUUUUCACAAAAAGUAACGUUGUGAUUUUAAUCUAAGUUUGAAUAAAUGCGACUUGAAGUACAAAAAUAAAGUAUUUUGCACUCUA